CAAAAAAAAAAAAAAAAUCAUUCCUACGCCUCAUGCAAGAAUCCAAGUACGAGAACCGACGGAAGAAGCAUUUCAUCCACAGACCAGUUGCGAACGAGCUAAGAUGGCCGAAGUCCUCGGUCUUGUCGCCUCCGGCCUCAGCGUCGCGCAAGUCGCCGGGUCCAUCGUAACAAACAGUCUCAAGUUAAAGGCUCUGCUAGACGAGGUCAAAGACGCACCCGACAACCUCGGUUACAUGCUCAAUCGUCUCCAGCUUCUUGCUCCAGUCCUCUGCGAGACGACCCCAGACGGAGGCGAUGCUGCGGGAACGAAUGCGCCACUACCAUCUGCUUCCGCAAACGCACAUCUCCAGCAGGCGAUGCAGAACGCACUCGCCGCAUGCCAAGCAGCCAGUGAGCAACUCCAGGGCCUCGUCACGGACCUCAUGUCCCAGGUCAAUACGAACCGUGGUGGCCUGAGGCGAAAGUCAGCCAUGGUGAAGAUUGUGCUGAAGAAGGGCACACUGGCGCAAUACGAAAUGCGCCUUCAAAAUACUAUCCAGCUUUUGACAUUGGCGCAGAGUAGUUACAUUGUCGCGUUGCAACGAACGCAGCCCGAGGCCAUCGUUUCUCAGCUCAUGUCCGCCCUUUCUCAGUGCCCCCAGUCCGCCGCCCUCGGUCAUGCAGAGACGACCCACGACCAAGCAUUGGCCCAAUUGCAAGUUGCCUCCAAACCCCCACGGCGUCGGGCGUCAAAUAGCCGGACACCCAGCUUCGCAAGAUCACAAUACUUGCAAAUGGGGCUUGCCAAGAUAACGGGGCUGCUUCGAGUUCGCGCGGCAUCGAAGCAAGCGGAUUGUGGGACGAGUACCUCGAGCCAGGAAGGUCUUCUGCGAAUUGAAAUCCAGAUGCCCAGGUGGCUGUGUAACUCUGUAUUCGAUGCGGUAUUCUCUCGAAGUUAUGCCGGCUGGGCUUGCUCACUCAACGUGUACAGCUACAUUCGGCGCGACUCCGACGUAUUCAGGCUGAUCGAAGACGCAUUAAGACUUGACGAUCUCAAUAUGAUGUUUCGCCUUUUUCAAGACAGAAAGUGUGGUCCACUAGACCACAUAUUGUUCGGCCAUGAGAGUGAGUCAGGGCUGCUUGAGCGUGCGCUAUUACAUGGAGCUUGGCAAGUCGCUAGAUACUUGCUCGACUACGAUUCAGAGGAAGCCAAUACUUCCGACCUUAUAGGGUGGCAGCCUAUACGCGCAGAAAGAAUACCCCAAUUUGAACAUUUUCUCCAGCACGAUGAGCUGAGCGAUACAGCUCGAAUCAAAGCCCUACAUGGCUGUGGCGGUGAUCUAAACUCUUUCACUGAUCUUGUCAGUCGACUCUGGCCUCACAACGAGUUCUAUGAAGCCGGCUUUCUAGGCAAACGAUUGAACUUGGCGACAACGCUUGUGCGUGUCUUUGCUUGGAAGUCACCUGUGCUUUCUCAUGACGUCUUUCAUCAUCUCUGUCAGUCGUUAUGCCUUGAAGCAGCGGAUACUCUAACCGUUGUAGAGAUGAUGGACAGCCUCGCUUACGGGGUAGGCCAAACGGUGUGGCUCGAUCCAGACACUACAAACAAGUGGCAUAUCGUGAUCUUGGAUGUAAUAAGUCGACUCAAAAAAUCCGCGAUGAUGCCAGAAGAACACCCCUACACGAAAAUUGGUAAUGUUGGUUGGAGUUUACAGCUAUUCCGUACAGUUACACCAUUCACAAACUUAUUCUUGCCAUCGUUCAUGGCGCUUCCCGGCUUGAGCUCGGAACGGAAGAGCACUAGACAUCACAAGAUGGAUUCGCGGCUUAGCAAUUGCGCAAGAGCUGCACAAAUUUGGCUUCAAAUGCUUCAAGAAUGCGGUAUUGAUCUGCUAGAAUAUGGAAAUUAUGAAAAGCGAAGGCUUAUGGACGAAGAAGGUUGUGAUUUUAGAAUUUUCCAAGACGUGUGGGAUGAAAGAUGGAUUGACGGGACCAAGAAUGGUCUGUUUGAAAUAAGAUUGAUCAAUUUCAACCAUGGUAGCCAGGUGGAGGACUGGAAGCUGUGGUGGUCGGAGCCGACAGAUGAAUUGGUUGGCGACUUUUGGAGGGAAAUGGAGCCGGGGCCACUGUGCAUGCCUGGAAGCUGGGUCGAAGACUGAGGACGAGGCUUCGGGCUGCUGUACGUGAUGAAUUUUGGGCACUUUUUGAAAUGGAAUAAACAGAGAGGGGCUGCCAUGUAGAUGUAAACCCAGUUAACGAUUUGCCUCGUGAAAACUUCUAUGGUACCGUCUUAUACGGCUCACAAGUUCAUUCUUCCCGCAAAUUUAACCGUCUCUAGGCA